AUCGUUUAUAAUAAAGCUAAAAGUAAUGUCAAAAUAAUUUUUAUAGUACAAAAAGCUUUUAUGAAUAUAGUACAAUUUUAAAUAUAAUAUAAUUUUUAUUAACUUUUACGUAUAAGAAUGAUUAUUGGGGAAAAAUUUUUUGAACAUUCUAUUUUGAUUAUACUUGGAAAUAGUUUAGAAAAUUUGAUUAUUAUUUAGGCAUCAUGUUUGAACCUAACCUGAAUCUACUCUUAUAUUUCCAAUAGAUAGCGCUAGAUGAUGCCUAGAAUGCAUUGUUUACUAUACCAAUUUUGAGUUUGUGUUUGUCUUUUAAAUUUAACAUAAAAAAUGAAAGUGAAAAAGGUUGUAUUACAUACUGAAGAAACACAAGCAUCUUCUGAAUCAGAUUCAGAGUACAAUUCAUCAGAUGAAGAAAAUCUUAUGAAAAACAAGUUAAAGAAAUUUAAGCUGGAUUUGCCAUGGAUCGAAAGGUUAGAUAUGGUUAAUGCAUUGGCACCUUUAGCGCCAGAGUUGGCAUUACAAAUGCAGGAACAAGAAGUGAGACGCGCGAAACAGUUGCAAGGAAAUAAGAAGUUACCUCAAUACAAUCCAACCGAUGACCCUGUUCUGAACGACUUUCGCAGGGAAACAAUGUUUCACAGACAAGCACAGGGUGCUGUUAUGGAUGCAAUUGUGCGAUUGAAGAAACUUGGCGUUCCAACAAUUAGGCCGGAUGAUUAUUUUGCUGAAAUGGCAAAAUCAGAUGUCCAUAUGCAAAAAAUCAGAGAGAAUUUAAUGAAACAGCAAACAAUAGCGCAAAGAUCAGAGAAAGUGAGACAGCUGAGGCAACAGAGGAAAGUAGGAAAGCAAAUGCAGAUAGAAGCAACUCUGAAAAAGCAUGCCGAGAAGAGAAAAUUACUAGAAGAAGUUAAAAAGUAUCGCAAGGGCGUGAGAAAAGACUUAGACUUUUUAAAUGACAAAAAGAAAUCACAGAGUCAGACUGUAGAUCAGAAAGUAGCAGCCAAGCGUAAAAUGAGGGAUGCUAAGUAUGGUUUCGGUGGAAAGAAACGUGAUAGCAAGAAGAAUACAAGGACAAGUUCUGCAGACGUUGCAGAAUACAGGAGACCUUUGAAGCCAGGGAAAAAUUUGAAAAAGAAAGGAGGAAAAUCUAAGCAGAGAGUAGGGAAAAGUCGUAGAAUACAGAUGAAAGCAAAGAAGAGGAGAUCACAACAGUGAUAAACUUAGCGAUGUACGAUAAACGUGUUUUAUACGAAAUAAUCCUACGCACUUACUUGUAAAAUAAUAGACAUAUACGUAUAAUAAAUGAUCGGAGAUAUUCUCUGUUAUUA